CGUGAUGGCUGGUUCCUGAAGUUUGGUGCGCGCUGGACAGAAUUUGCAAGGCUGUCAUACUUCGACCUUGUCUGGUUCACCCUUAUCGACCCCAUGCACAAUGUUCUUCUCGGUCUCGCGAAAAACCAGUGGUACACUCGGUGGAUUCAGACAAAGGCAUUACGGGCUCCGACUCCCAAAUCUGAAUGCGAGAUCGGGAUGCUGCAUCAAUUUCUAGAGACUGUCGAAUCCCCUCUCUGGGCUGGACGCCUGCCCAUGAGGAUGGGUGAACCUGCUGGUGGAUCUCUCACUGCUGAUGAGUACAAGUUCGCAACCACAGGCGCUCUCCCGAUAAUCGUAAGUCCGCAUUACCUUACCCAAAUGACAAACUCGAUCAAUGGCUUCCAGAUUCCAAUCAUUUGGGAUGUAUAUCUCGAAGGCUCGGUGGCAGCACUUGGUGCUGGCAAAGAGCACUAUGAAGCCGAGCUGGAACAAUACAAGAAAGACCACAAGUUAUGGCAGGCACGUGAAGCUCGAAGACAGAAGAAAUCACAGGACGAGGGCAAGACGGAUUCGAAGAAGACUAGUAAUAAGGAUCCUGAGCCAACUCUGCCUCGUGCACCGUCUCCAUGCGGAGGAGCCAGAUCUAUUUCUGAAGUUUGCGACGUCCCUCAAGAUAUUGCUUGGAUGCUCUACGGCGAGGGCACAAUGAAGCCCAAUCACUGUUGGGUCGUCCACCAGCCAGACCAGAUACGGGACUACGGCCCAGUAUAUGGAUUCUGGCUAUUUUUGACUGAGCGGCUGAAUAAGACACUGAAGAGCUAUCACACCAAUCACCACACGCGAGGCCAAAUGGAGAUCACUCUCAUGUGCUCCUUUGGCUGUGAAAAAUGUGCAAGAGCAUUGGUACGUCAUUUAAAUGCAGAUCUCAUACUGGUGUCGUUCUAUAAGGUUGCCAUGCUAGCGAAGCAGCCUGCAAAUCAUGCUGAGUGUGAAGUAUUGUCCCGUAUGCUUGCAUGGGAUGGUGAAGAGUGUGGUACGAUUCAGGCUGCAGCAAUUGGGUCAACACCCAUUCCAGAUCUCGAACGCGCGACCCUCAAUGACGGUUUGUGGUCUCUCUCUCGCAAUACCCUUUAA